UCGGACUAAUUACACAUCGCCACCAAAACCGGUGUCUGACUUCAAGUUCACUUCUCUCUCUCUCUCUCUCUCUCACUUCAGGAACAAGAGCUCAUCUCUCUCUCUCUCUUGAUCCGAAAAACAUGCUAUGUUCUGCUUCUCUGCGGUUCUUGCUGCAAGUUCAAGUCUUUCGCUGGUAAGUACUCAAAAUUCCUGCCGGGUCGCCCCAACCCUUUGUCUGUCUCAGCUGGGUCUUGCUCAAUUUUCUCGCAUUCAGCUCCUUCGAUGUCGAAAUCCAUGAAGUAGUUAACCAACUUGAUUAGAUCGGGAGUGAUUGGCAAUUAGGAUUGACCAUGAAGCUUCUUUUUAUGCGAGCUCUUGUUUGGAUUUGUAUUCUGAGCGUGUCGAAGUUGCUGUCCCUCGAGCACAUCGAAGGGUACCUCACAGCGGCAGAGGAGGUUGGGUUUAGGGGCACCACUGAAACUUCGGUGACGUAUAAGUACGAUCGAAUCGGUGAGGUCAAGAGACAAUGCGGGUUCGUGUUGAAAUCAGCUUCGCAAUUGAAGCCCGACGAUAGUAGGAUCUUUAGCAUCAAGGAGGAGCUCUAUUUUCUGAAUGGGGAUUGGGAGCAGGACGGUGGUGAUGCCCCGAUUUUGCCGUUUGAUGAUCGGGAAGCCCCGAAGGACGGUUUCGUUCGGGCCCCGCUGAAGUUGGCUUCCUUCUGGGUUGUGGACGUUGAUCGGUCUCACCGCUCGAAGAAGGCGGUCUUUGUGAGCGGGUUGAUGUCCAUGGGGAUAACGCGGGAGGGGACUUUCUCGGAGAAGCCUUAUGAGGGCAGUAGGGAGUUUGAGAUCUGGGCGGGUCAUACUCGGCUCUUGAUCACGUUCCAGGGUGUCUAUACCGAGUCAUUGGCAAACAGGGGGGAAAGAGUACUGUGUUUGUUGGGGAGUACGAUGUUGCCCUCUCGAGAGACUGAUUCUGGCAACCCUUGGAAGUGGGUUGAAGAUUUUCGCUCUAAUUUUAACACGCCGCCCCUCUCGCAAGAUGACCAGAUCAUGCUCGUUCUUCGAUACCCAAUAAACUUCACCCUCACGGAGAGACUGAUACGAGGAACUCUAAAGAGCCUGAACCCAAAGUCGAAUUCCAAUUACUUUGACGAAGCAAAGAUCUUGUCCCAGUUAGGGCAAGGUGCUCAUUACGAGUUUGGCUCCGAGAAGGAGAUCCUUGUGAAAUCUUGUGAUCCCUACCCAUAUAGAGAUAACUUCUUGAGUGAAGGCAUUGAGAUUUAUAAAGGGCCUGAAUUCUGCCGGAUUCUCGACGAAGCCACUCGAGGGCAGGCCCUUACUGUUGUCCCAAACUGGAAAUGCAAUGGCAAAGACGAAUUUUGCAGCAAGUUAGGUCCGUUUGGAUUGGAUAGGGAAAUCAAAGCGACAGACGGGGGCUUUAAGAAUGUUAGGCUCUACAUGCAGGACAUUAAGUGUGAACAAGAACAUGUAGGAGGAAAUAUUACUUCUUCUCGAGUGGCGGCCGUUUUUAGAGCCGUUCCUCCUGAUGAAAACCAGUAUAGUGCAGCAGUGAGAUCAGGCCCCAGUAACAUGACCAUUGCCUCUGAGGGAAUCUGGGAGUCUCCGAGUGGUCAGCUCUGCAUGAUUGGUUGCCUCGGAAGUGAUAACGCUGGAGGGAAAGGGUGUGAUUCUCGGGUUUGUCUUUAUGUCCCCACUUCGUUCUCGAUUCAGCAACGGAGCAUCUUAGUCGGGAGCUUUUCAAGUAUGAACAACAACACUCCAGCUUUCUUCCCAUUAUCAUUUGAAAAGCUCGUGCAACCGGCGGAGCUGUGGAAUUACUUCAAAACCUCAAACCCUAAGUACACGUACUCGAAGAUUGACUCAGCAGGCGUCAUCCUCGAGAAGAAUGAAGCCUUCAGCUUUGGAACCGUGAUCAAGAAGUCCCUGCUUCAGUUCCCAAGACUUGGAGAUGCGGCAUCUUACUUUCUCAGUCUUUCCUAUCUUUCUGAAGAUCUCGCCCUUCAUGUCUCUGCCAUCCCUGACCCAUUUGUGGGCCCCCGGUCCUCGAGGAUCGACUUGCAGAUGGAGAUCAUCUCCCUGGGCCCGCUUUUCGGGCGAUACUGGUCCUUGCAGAAUGAGACCCAUGAACAGAGUAGCUUUUUUCAUGCUAAGACACAAUACACCGAGAAGCAGCUGUUGCUAAACGUGUCUUCCCAACUCUCCUUCAGCGCGAAAGGCUCUACUGUUAGUAGUCUCUCCACAAUUUUCCUGGAGGGGCUCUACGACCCGCAUGUGGGAAGGAUGUAUCUAGUAGGUUGCCGGGACAUACGAGUCUCGUGGCAGAUUUUAUCAGAAAGCAUGGACCUUGAAUCUGGUUUGGACUGUCUCAUUGAGGUUGUCGUGUCAUAUCCUCCAACUACUGCCCGAUGGCUAAUUAAUCCCACCGCAAGGAUCUCAGUGUCAAGCCAAAGGACUGAAGAUGACCCACUGUACUUCAAACCUGUCAAGCUCCAAACCCUCCCAAUUUUAUACCGGCAACAGCGAGAGGACAUCCUCUCCGAGAGGGGAGUUGAGGGAAUCCUCCGGAUUCUCACUCUCUCUGCUGGUAUUGCCUUCAUUCUGGCCCAAUUAUUUUACAUAAACAGUAACUCGGAAUUUGUCCCGUUUGUGUCGCUUGUGAUGCUAGGAGUGCAAGCUUUUGGGUACAGUCUCCCAUUAAUCACUGGAGCAGAAGCUGUCUUUAAGAGGACAAAAUCAGAAUCUUCGGUGGGAAUGCUGUCUUACAACAUUGGGAGGAGCCAGUGGUUCCAUGUGAUUGAUUACGCUGUGAAGCUCCUCGUGAUGGUCUCAUUUGUUCUCACCCUUUGGCUCUUCCAGAAGGUGUGGAAAUCCCGCUCAAGGCUCCACUCCAGGGCUCCAAGUGAAGUUGAAAAUUCGGGCAUCCCGAGUGACAAGCAAGUACUUGUAACUACCUUGAUCGUGCACAUCACAGGGUAUGGGUCAGUUCUGAUUGGCCAUGCUCUAAAAUCUCAUGGGGAAUCGUCUCAGACAGAGAUAUAUUUUGAUUCGUCUACCAGGAGUCGGCUAUGGGAGACCAAACUCGAGGAGUAUGUGGGCCUCGCCCAUGAUUUCUUCCUCCUUCCUCAGGUGAUCGGGAACUUGAUAUGGCAAAUAGAGACAAAGCCCCUUAGGAAACUCUACUACAUGGGGAUCACAGUCGUGAGGCUCUUACCUCACUUCUACGAUUUCAUUAGAGCUCCUCGAAGUAAUCCUUAUAUGGUGGAGGAGUAUGAGUUCGUGAACCCAAACAUGGAUUUCUUCUCGAAGCUCGGUGACUUGGCGAUUCCCAUAAUUGCAGUGCUUCUUGCAGUCAUGGUCUAUGUUCAGCAGAGGUGGGACUAUGAGAAGCUCAGGGAGGUCCUGAGGUUGGGGAGGUUCAUGGUCCUUCCUGCAAGAUCCCGAGCCUAUCAGAGGUUGCCCUCCAAGGUUUCUGAAACGGAACUUGUGCCGGGUGUGAACGGGAACCAGAGUCACACGGAUGAGUGAGUGAGCAGGGGAUAGUGUAUGAGCUGUAAUUGUAAAUGCUUUCCGGAAACAUACAAGUGGAAUGUAUUUCUCCUUCUGUCUUCAAUUUUGCUGUUUCUCUAACAACAUUAACCCGAAACAUGAGAAGUUGCUGUAUUGAAGUUUGUCUCGCAAAUUUUAACAUGUCUUCCUCUUCUUCGUCCUC